AUUACUUUAAUCGAGGUUGGGAAACUAUUUGGAUUCUAUUCGAAUUGCCUAUUUGAAGCACAACACACUGGGAAGAUUUUCAGUUGCUGGCCUGAAGUCAAAAUGGGAAACGAGCAGUCGACUCAAAAGAAGAGGCAAAAGCCAAAUGCUGUUGACAAAAAGGUCCAAAAUGGAGAAAUGAAUGGACACGCAGUCCCACCUCCAGGCUCACCAGAACCUGUGGCUAGCAAAGAAGCCGUAGUUCAGCAAAAGUGUGAAAUCCCACCAGAGACUGACGUAAAGAGCCCAAAACCGUCAGCAGGUAAAGAGGAAGUGGACAGCAAAAAAGCCAACAAACCUGCACAUGUGGAAACAACCCAUGAGAAUGAAACGACAGCCGCAACUGAUACAGAACCCCAAAAAGAGGCCCAACAGCUUGUUGAAAAAGAGGUGACCAACAUCUUUGGUAAAAUGUUCAAAAAGAAGAUUGAACCAGUGAAAUCUGAUGCAGUUGAUGGACAGGUCAAAGUGCUGGAUUUGAAAAUUGACCUGCAGCCUGAUUCAGUGGACAUUAAGAGAAGCACAGAGCCUGAGCCAGAGCCGGAAGAUACAUCUCUCGAAUCCCUUCUUGUGGAAGUCGCCGAAGAAAUUGAUCCAUCAGAGGAAGUUAAAGAAGCAGAAAAAACAGUUAUGAACUUUUUCAAAACAUUUGUCAGUCCGACCAAAACAAGCAAAGAAGCCAAAGCUACUCCUGAUGCUUCAAAAGACCAGCCACAGAAAGAGACUCCACCAGCACCAUCAACAAAUGUACAGGAAGCACCCAAGGCACCUCCUCCACCUCCCCCAGCACCACCUAAGAUGGAAAACAAAGUAGAGCCAGUGGUGAAGAAAGAGGAAACGCUUGCAGCAGCUGCAGCAAAAGCAGCAGACAGCUCGACCAAGACCAAACCCAAAGACAGUCCUUUCAGCAAACUCUUCCGUUCAAAGCCUGUUGUGGUGGAAGAGAAAAAGCCUGUUGAGGUACAGCAGGUAGACGCAUCUAAGACCAGCACACUUGAGGCUGCUGCCAAACCCGAAGAACCUCCAGCACCCAAACCAGAAGAGAAGAAAAAAGAGAAAAAGUCUUUUGGAAUGUUCAAACCUAAGGUACUGCUAGGCCAACUGAGCACUAGGAUCCAGGCAGCUGCAUCCAGCGCGGCCGCCAGUGUCACUCUUGUUGCCGCUGGAUCGGCUCCAGAGCCCAAGAAGGAGACUCCAGCUGCACCCGCAGUGGUAGAAGUUGCUCCUGCCGUGAAGGCCAAAGAGGAGCCAAAACCCGCCACUCCAGCACCACCGGUAGCCCCAGACAACAAAUCAGUGGCAAGCUCAGAUAACGCCUCGCCCAACAUCCCUCGCAAAUUAGAGAAGAGGAACUCCCUGAACCUGUUCUUCAAAAACCUGGGCCAAAAACGCCAUUCUGAUGCCGGAGUGCAAACGGACCCUGUGGCACCCGAGAAGGCCAAAUAAAUCCCUGUCUUUGUUUUGAUCAGUCCUCCUCCCCACAAACAUUGACAACCAUGUGAAUAGGAAUACAUAUUUAAAUGUUAUAACCCAAAUUGAGCGAAACUAUUAAAGGUGAAGUGAUUCAUGUCUGCGCCUCUAGUGGCAUCAAAUGGAAUUGCGAAAAUAAUAAGUGUUUACAACAGCUUUGCCAAACACAUCUUCCAUUGGACAAACAAACAAAUAGUCCCGCCUCAAACUGACGCCAUUUUUCGGGAUGCUCAAACAAGCAGAGAAACUAUUUGAAUGUGCCACAGAGCCAUAGUAUUUACCCAGCCAAUGGAUUGCUUACAGUUGUCUUAAGCUUUCAAAAAAAAUCACACUUCACCUUUAACUUGUUUUGACACUGUAGACCCUAGUUAAAGUAAUUAUCAAUCCUUAAUUUAAUUUCCCUUUCCAAUGUGGUUAUGAGAGUUAUGAGACCCUAAGUUAAUAAUUAUAAAGCAAUUAUGCCAUUAAACGUGGUGGAAUCCCCUAGUGAGAGUAGAAGUAAGUGUAAAGCUACUUCCUGUUUAGCAAGUGCUACGUAUGUCUUUGAGGGGAGGGAAAAACUUGUAAUUGUUUUUCCAAUGAAGCAAAACGUGUUGGAGUUGUAUGAUGUGGCAUGAGAUAGCCAAAACGAAAGUGAAAUUGUAAUUCUACAUACAGAGAUUUACUGUAUUUUCUUUAUUUCCUGUGCAUGUUAAAACUAACACCAUUUAUCGACAUAAUAUACUCAUCUAACACCAACUGCAAUAUGGCCAACCACAUGCAUGGUGCAUUAAUACUCUAGUGUACAAAGCAAACAUCAUGUGGUUGUUUCAUAUGUAGAGAAGUUAUUUAUGUGACCAUUCACUAUCUGAUUGUACAAACAAACUAACUGCAUGGACAGUAACCUACUCAAAGACCCAUUGUAUGCUUAAUUCAAUCAACUAUAUCACUGAAUCCUACAAUGCCAAUUUGAAUUCCAACCUGAUUGUCUGAUCACAAAGUAAUCACAAUCACUUAAGUUUCCCCUCUUGGCAAAAAAGAAAAGAAAAACAAAAUCACUGUUAUAGUUUCCUAUAUGCAAUUCUGCUAAUAUGUCACCAUAUAUUAUACCAACGUGCUAAAUUAUUUAUAUGAUGGUUUUCACAACCAUCACAAAUCUUUUGUUUUCAUUUUCCACUCUACAAAUCUAACCAAACUAUUAUUAAUUUUAACCUGCUAAAUCACAUUCCAAAUAUUCUUUUAUUUUCUUGGCCGUCCAUCUAUAACUAAUUAAGAUGUCAUUCGUUUUUGCUAUUUAAAUUUGAUUUUAGAUUUGAAUGCAUCACUUGCUAUUAGGACAUUAUAUACAAUGUUAUACAAUUAAGAAAUAUACUGUACAACACACAUCAUAUAUGUCUCAAACUUUCUGCUACAUAUUAAAUGUGUUCAAAUCAUGUUUUCUGGUUUUCCCUACUUUUCCAAUUUCUUGUCUACUUUUGUAAAAUUGUAAAGGGUCCUAAUUCAGAAUUUAGACUUUAUCAAUGAAUCUUCGACAUUCUUUAUCUCUUUUGUUGCAUUUUUGUCAAUUUAACCAUUUCAUAAAAAUAAACAAAUCAUUUCUCUC